AUGGCGGAGGAGGUAAAGCUUCAAAGCAACGCAGUGGAAAGGGAGCGAUAUGAUAAUCUUGCAGAAUUAUUCGCCGUGGUGAACACGUUGGAGUGUCUCGAAAAAGCGUAUAUUAGGGAUUGCGUACCUCCGAAAGAGUAUACUGCUGCUUGUUCAAAGCUUCUGAUGCAAUACAAGGCCGCUUCUAAGUUAGUGCAAAAUGAUUUUCCCCAGAUCGAGCUGUUUAUGAAAAAUUAUAAGAUGAACUGCCCAGCAGCACUAGAACGAAUACGUGAAAAUCGGCCCAUAACAAUUAAAGACGACAAGGGCAGCACCAGCAAAUGUAUAGCUGAUAUUGUAUCGCUGUUUAUUACGGUGAUGGAUAAGCUGAAGUUGGAAAUUCGAGCCGUCGAUGAAAUUCAUCCGGAUGUUCGUGAUUUGGUUGAUACAAUGAAUCGUAUGAGUUCACUUCCAUCAGAUUUCGAAGGGAAGUCUAAAGUUUCUUCUUGGCUGGAAAAGUUGGAUUCGAUGCGUGCAGCUGAGGAGUUGACCGAUGAGCAAGCAAGACAAAUGGUGUUUGACGUGGAAUUUGCAUACAACGCUUUUAAUAAAUUUUUGCAUGACGCAUAA